UUUUGUAAAACAUUCAUCGCUUCAUAUCAUGGAGAUCAACAACGGUCGAGAAGGUCAUCAACACGAAGGAUCAUCACAAUGGUUAGUAAGGUAUCUAAACCGUCAAGGCGAUUGGUUAGAGAAAACUAGAGGGAAUCUUAUGGUUACAGCUACGGUUAUAGCCGCUAUGAGCUUUCAAGCUAUGGUUAAUCCUCCCGGUGGCGUAUGGCAAAGUGACAAGUGUGCUUCCGAUAAUCGCACAGAGACUUGUAAGGGGGAAGCGGGAACUGCGGUAUUGGAGUAUAAGAAUUCAAAGCGUAUAGCGUAUAUUGGGAUGGAACCGGGUGAUAAUGGCGAUCCUCGUAACAUUUAUGGUGAUGGCGGUUCUUUGUAUAUCGGCGGCGUUCUUUUUGGCCGUUGUGCUGGUUCAAUUCGAUGAUGAAACAAUUCGUUAUAUACUAUCGAUUUAUGUGUUAUUUUGGGUUGUAUUUCCUGUUUUAGUACUUUUAAUUCAGCUUGUUCGAUUUAUAUUUUGGCUUAUUUGUCUCAUGUGUUCUUGUUGUUGUCCACAUCGACAACGGUCCCCUCGACAGUUGCCG